AUACAAAAUGAGAUAGCUCGCUACAGGUUACCAAAGGGACCAAGUGAAUUUAGGCAAUAUGAUAUCAGUGAGGCGUUCAUUUACGUUUCGGAAGUGGAUUUGCAAAAAUCUGAGGUGUGGAGUUUCUUACCGCCAAUAGUGGACAAGGAGGUGAAAUCUGCACGAAGAGAACAGAUAAGGACCUUUGUCAAAAAUACCUUAACAAAGGGACCAAAAGGACUUGUUGCGGAGUUCCGGCAAAUUCCCAAAUAUGAGGAUUUAUCAAAAAUGACUGAAUUUGUGGAACAGCUUGCUUAUGGUAGGAACCGUUAUAGGGACGUUGGAUGUUUUGACGACAAUCGGGUAAUCUUGACCCUGGGGCACACCACAUACAUCCACGCCAACUAUGUCUCCACUCCCAGCCAUCCGAGAAAGUUUGUAUGCACGCAGUUCCUUCUCCCCAAUCAUUUGAGCCUUUUCAUGCAGGGCCCAUUACCUCACACAUGUGCGGAAUUUUGGUGCAUGGUAGUGCAGGAAGAGGCCGAUGUGAUUCUGAUGUUAUGCAAUUUCACAGAAAUGGUUCGCUACUGUUUCUACUCCCAACCAAUACUCAUUGAUUCCAGGGCGCCCAUCAUUGUACACUGCUCAGCAGGUAUUGGCAGAACUGGAUCAAUUGUCUUGCUCCAAUAUGCCAUGGAAGUCCUUGCGAGGGGUGAACAGCUCCGUUCAAUGAGCCAAUAUCUCGAAGAGAUCAGAACUCAACGGAGUAACAGCAUACAGAAUGAACAGCAGUAUCUCUAUGUCCAUCAAGUGCUUUUGAAUUUUCUCCACAAAACUGGAUGUCUGCCACAGAGCCUCGAUCUAGCACUUGAAACUUUCAAGAAGAAUUAUCAUAAGAUCACUAAAGGAUUUUAA